AUGUUGUUGACAAGGAAAUCGAUCAUUAAAUUACGAUUUUUGCUUCGAUUAAAUUUUCGUGAAGUGAAUGAUUUUUCGAAAGAUCGUCUUUUUCGAUUUCCGCGGCGUGCUUUGCGUGAAAUUUCCGACAAUGAAAUAAGCGAAGAACGCGCGAUUCUUGAUUAUUGUCUAACAAAAGAGCAACUGAAAGAUUUAUCAGGGAAGCUAGUUUAUAAGAGAGGAAAUAAUUUACCAGAAAUUUCGUAUUCUUUAAGUGAUGUUUAUAAAUUAGCUAUGAAAAUUCAUGGUAAUGAAAAAGAAAUGCGAGAAAAGCGAAGAAUUAUUAUUGGCAUAAGGCAUCGUUUAUCAGAAGCCCAACGACUGCAAAUGCAUUUAGAACAUUACAAAAUUUUUAAAAAAUUAAAAGAACAAGAAAUACUAGAAGAAAGAGAAGGAGAUGCCAGUGACAGUGGAAGAAAAAGAAGUUUAGGUGCAAAUCGAGUUGUUGCCAUAGCAUUUACGUUAAAUUGUUGCGAUACAGUAAGCAAGUAUGUUGCUGCAUAUUUAACUGGUUCAAAAAGUUUAUUCGCUGAAGCAAUUCACAGCACUAUGGAUACAUUAAAUCAGUUAAUUCUAUUAACAGGCAUACGUGUAUCCAAAAGAACUCCAGAUAAAAGUCAUCCAUAUGGCUAUGGAAAUAUGCGAUAUGUUUCCUCAUUAAUAAGCGGUUGUGGAAUUUUAUCAUUUGGUUGUGGUUUAUCAAUUUAUCAUGGAAUAAGUGGUUUAUUGCAUCCAACACAAUUAGAACCUUUAAUCUAUGCAUAUUUAGCACUUACUGUAUCGUUUAUAUUUCAGGGUUCAUCUGCAUUAACUGCUUUUCGCGAAGUUCGCCUUAAAGCUAAAAGUGCUAAAUUAUCAUUUUUUGAUUACUUAAGGAUAAGUUCUGACCCGACUUUAAACGUCGUAUUACUCGAAGAUAGUGCUGCUGUAUGCGGUGUUCUUAUUGCUUUAACGUCAAUUUCUCUUAGUUCAAUAUUAAAUUCGACAGUUCCAGAUUCAAUUGGUUCCAUUUUAAUAGGUAUUGUACUUGGUAUGGUUUCGACAUUUAUUAUCCGUACAAAUGCAGCGCAUCUUGUUGGUCAGUCACUUCCAUCAAAUAUUAUCGAUUCUAUUGUUAUUUCGCUUGGUAAUGAUCCAGCUGUAAAAGCAAUUCAUGAUGUUAAAGCAACUGCCGUUGGUGUUGGACAGUCCCGAUUUAAGGCCGAAGUAGAUUUUGACGGUAGAGCGAUAACAAAUAAAUAUAUUUGUGAAUGUUGCAAUAUGCCGAAUGCUAUUCAGCAGGCAAGGUCGAUAAAUAGUGAGGAGGAUUUUCGUGAAUUUAUGCUUGAACAUGGUGAAAAAAUUAUUAGGAAAAUUGGUGAUGAAGUUGAUCGAAUUGAAAGUGAAUUAAUAAAAAAGUAUCCGGAAGUUCGUCAUGUUGAUCUCGAAUCUGUCUGA